GUGGUCUCGUUCUAGCUAGCGGAACACAGGUCUCUGCUGAUGGCAGCUACCUGUCAACAACCUAGGAAUACCUGAAACUGAAGUCUGUGUUGCCCUUUGUCGUCAACCAUUGCAGGUCCUUCGGUGCAGCCAAACAAGGCUGCAUUGUUAUGGAUGAACCAUGAAGGCCCAACUACAAGUCACUGUGCUUUCAGCCAAGCUGAAGGAAAACAAAAAGAACUGGUUUGGUCCUAGUCCAUAUGUUGAGGUUGCUGUGGAUGGCCAGUCAAAGAGAACUGAAAAAUGCAACAACACACACAGUCCUAAAUGGAAACAGGCGCUUACAGUAAUUGUGACUCCGGUCAGCAAGCUGAUCUUUCGUGUUUGGAGCCACCAAACACUGAAAGCAGACAUCUUGUUGGGAAUGGCCACACUGGAGAUCAGUGAAACUCUAAAGGCUAAUGACUUGAAAAUAUCUGAGGUGGUGAAGACACUACAGCUGUGUUCUGAUAGAGACUCCCGGGAUGUUGUAGGUGACUUGUCAGUCUGUCUGGAUGGCAUGCAGGUAGACCCAGAAACCUUUGCGACAGCAGAGAGUGAACAAGCUUCUGUUCCAAAUGGAAAUGCAAGACAAAAUGGAGAUACUGGCAACAGGUCAAGCAGAGACACUUCACCCUCUAGUGACUCAGAGGAGUGGGUUAUUGUACCAAAUGGUCAUGCUGUGAACGGUAAGGGUUCACCUUCCCGAUCUCCAGGGGGCUCAAGUACCUCACGUCCUCCCAGACCAGCCAGACCUCCUCCUGCUACUCCUCGCAGACCAACAGCUUCACCAACCUCUUCUAGCAGUUCCUCCCCCAGCGAGCUGAGUGAAGGUCCAGCUUCCGAUGGAUCCUCUCAGGCGUCAGCUAGUGGGUGUUCAAAUCAGCAGGAAGACUCAGGGGCAGGAGGAGGAGCAGCAGCCACGGCACCUUCUUCACAGACAGCAAGUGGCCCCAAACCAGGGACUACCACCUCAGCAGCUCUGGCCACAGUAACUCCCAGAAUCACACCAAUGAACAAUGGUCCCCUACCACCAGGGUGGGAGCAAAGAGUAGACCAAAAUGGACGAGUGUACUAUGUGGAUCACAUUGAGAAAAGGACAACAUGGGACAGACCUGAGCCUCUGCCUACAGGGUGGGAGCGCAGGGUGGACCCAAUGGGUAGGGUGUACUAUGUAGACCACAUAACCCGGACUACAACGUGGCAACGCCCCACACAGGAGUCAGUGCGUAACUAUGAGGAGUGGCAGCACCAGCGCAGCCAACUGCAGGGAGCCAUGCAGCAGUUCAACCAGAGAUUCAUCUAUGGGCUACAAGACCAGUUGGCGGCCACAGCCAAUAAAGAGUUUGACCCACUAGGACCUUUGCCACAUGGCUGGGAGAAGAGAACGGAUACAAAUGGCAGGGUAUAUUUUGUUCAUCACCCGACUCGGACAACGCAGUGGGAGGACCCCAGAACGCAGGGGCUGCUGAACGAUAAGCCCCUUCCAGAGGGUUGGGAAAUGAGGUUCACUGUGGAUGGUAUUCCCUACUUUGUAGACCACAACCGGAGAACCACAACUUACAUCGAUCCUCGCACAGGGAAAUCUUCUCUAGAGAACGGGCCUCAGAUAACCUAUGUCAGGGACUUUAAAGCCAAAGUGCAAUACUUCAGGUUCUGGUGUCAGCAAUUAUCGAUGCCUCAGCACAUUAAGAUCACUGUGUCCAGGAAAACCUUAUUUGAGGACUCAUUCCAACAGAUCAUGAGCUUCCACCCUCAAGACCUGCGGCGGAGACUAUGGAUAAUAUUCCCCGGAGAGGAAGGCUUGGAUUACGGAGGUGUGGCAAGAGAAUGGUUCUUCUUGCUCUCACACGAAGUUCUGAACCCCAUGUACUGUUUGUUUGAGUACGCCGGCAAAGACAACUAUUGUCUGCAAAUCAACCCAGCCUCCUACAUCAACCCUGAUCACCUCAAGUACUUCAAGUUCAUAGGGCGCUUCAUUGCCAUGGCCUUAUUCCAUGGUAAAUUCAUCGACACAGGUUUCUCCCUCCCCUUCUACAAGCGUAUCCUAAACAAACCUCUGGCUCUCAAAGAUCUGGAGUCCAUAGAUCCAGAGUUUUACAACUCACUCAUUUGGAUCAAGGAUAAUAACAUAGAGGAGUGCGGUUUGGAGAUGUUCUUCUCAGUUGACAAGGAAAUCCUCGGAGAGGUCACUACCCACGAACUGAAACCAGACGGGGGAAACCUCCAAGUGACUGAAGAAAAUAAAGAGGAAUACAUCAGGUUGGUGGCAGAGUGGAGGCUCUCUAGAGGUGUGGAGGAGCAGACUCAAGCAUUCUUCGAAGGCUUUAAUGAAGUUUUGCCUCAGCAAUACCUACAGUACUUUGAUGCAAAGGAGUUAGAGGUGAUGCUGUGUGGGAUGCAGGAGAUUGACCUGGUGGACUGGCAGAGAAACACCAUCUACAGGCAUUACGCCCGAAGCAGUAAACAGAUCCUCUGGUUCUGGCAGUUUGUGAAGGAAAUGGACAAUGAGAAGAGGAUGAGACUGCUGCAGUUUGUCACAGGAACUUGUCGUCUUCCUGUGGGCGGUUUCGCUGACCUAAUGGGGAGCAAUGGUCCCCAGAAGUUCUGCAUUGAGAAAGUUGGCAAAGAGAACUGGCUUCCACGAAGCCACACAUGCUUUAAUCGUCUGGACCUCCCACCUUACAAAAGCUAUGAGCAGCUGAAGGAGAAGCUCAUGUUUGCCAUAGAGGAGACAGAAGGUUUUGGGCAGGAGUAACACAAUGGAAGUGCAAGCUGCAGGAUGAGAUGGAGGAUCAGAAUCCAUGUCACACUAAAGCACCUUUCCCCAGAUUCUCCUUGCAGCCAGGAGCUGCUGAUAAACCGGUAGACGGACCUAUGUUAUCACAGUAACAACUGUUUCUAAGCUGUUUUGUUAAAUUCCCUAUAAAGACCUGUGAAUCCUCUUCAUCCUGUUCCACUCCUCACCUGUUUGAUCAGUCCCACCCUCAUCACUCAGCCCUGCUCAGCCCACUAUCAGGCGGCUUUAGAGGCUAAAAGUGGACGCCUUUUCACCCCGACGUGUCUGCACUUGCUGUUGGUUGCGCAAGUGCAGUUUCUACACGUAAAUCUGUGCAGUAGUAACUUCUUAAGAGCCGCCUUGUUGGGACUUUGCACUAGAAUUAUUAUUUCAGAGAAAAACACACAUUUGUGCAUUUAAAGAAAAAAUUAAAAGGUUCAUAUCUUUAAAGUACAGCUUGGCACAAAUGUGGUGUUGAGGUUAGACUCAACUUUAGUUUUCCUGUCUUUAAGGAUAAGUAAUUUUUCCUUUCUUUUUUUUAACUGACUAACUGGACUGACUAUUGUAGCAAAUUUAGUUUCUUUAAUAACUUUGAUAGAUAUGACCAUUCUAGUUAAAUAUAUUCUCUUAUUUUGAAAGGUUUAUUUCUUAAUUUUAUAAUGAGUUUCAAACUUGAACUUUGCACAUAAUGAGGUGAGCAGUUUGACGGAUGUGAUUGUUCUUAAGAGAGGUUGUAUUUUUAAUGUGCAAUAGUUUUGUAGAAAACAUUUUUGCCUAUGAUAGAGCCGAACAGUGAUUUGUUUGAUCAUUUUCUGAUGUAAUCAAUGAGACCUUGCUAAUGAUGUAAAUCCUUGAGAUGCAACUGGUUUGGUUUUAAUUAGACAAAUAUUGCCUUCCUUAAAAGAUCAAUUGAACAUAGAUGGGAUUAUGAUUUGUUACUAAUGAAGUGGGAGCAUUAGGACGUGUUAUAUAGUCAAGAAAAAUAUGUUGGAAAAUCCCACUGAAUGGUAGCCAUUUUUCUUGGGUAAAUAUCCAGAAAGUAAGUAUUAUCCUCCAUCUAUAAUGAAGAUGUUAAAUCCUAUCGGUCAAUGAUGUGUUAAGUUACUAAUGAAGAUUAUGUAAAUACAUUUACAAAGUAGAAAUGUCUUAAAACCCUAAUACAUUUAGUUAAUAAAAACAUGUCCCCUUUGAUUUGCAGGCAUAAGUUGAUAAUUAGGAUUUGAAUUAAUGUUAUAGCAAAUUACCCUAGUUUUAUAGGGUGGUAGGUUUUCAGAUUUGUACAGUGUUUUGUUUUGUUUUGUUUUGUUUUGUUUCCAGAAAUAGUUCCACUAACAUCAACUUUUAGCUUCAUUUUAGUAUUAUGUAGAGUAUAACUUCAGAAAAACACUAGGGAACCUAACUACCAAAGGAUUAUACUUAAUUAUUUUUUUCUAAGAAAUUUUAAUUAAAUGUGAGAGUCGUCAAGUGUAAUCACUUCAAAAUCUUAAAUGAUUCUGUAUUUCUUUUUAAUUUGCAGUCUUUUUUAAAAAUUACUGUAAGUGGCUAACAUUAUGAGAAACAAGUGUAAAAAAAGGUUGAUAUUGAAUACAAAACUUCAACAUACAUUGAAAGAAACUUAGAUACCUUCAUGAUGAGUAACUGAUGAUGUGUUUCCACUGAGUGGUCUGGUUUGGCUCAUAGUUUGGUACAGUAAACUCUGGUCUUCCUUGGGUUUCCAAAGUCUCACUCUUAUUGAAGGGAAUACCGGCUAAUUUAGAGAUUGGGAUCAUUUGGCUCAGCUGAUGAAUUGGAGCCAGUCUUUUGCUCCAGAACAUCUAUCCUUUGGUUUCAUUUAAGCUUUUUUAAUGUCUAUUAAACAGCAACCAGAAUGGGGGAAAAAGGAAACGUCUGCCUCUUAGAACUGGCUUGUUUGCAAACCACAGAAGUUGAAUUGUCAUUUAAUCCAACUAGUACACUGCAAAGUGUAUUUGUUAAAUUUUAUGACACUGUCUCUUUUUAAAGUAUUUUAAUGACAAAAUAAAGGAGAAAUUCUGCUCAGCUCAGUACAAAACAUGGUGCAUUUUGUAUUUGUCCAUUAUCACUGCUGUCACACUAGUUCUUCUUUUACACUAGAUUCCCUUGGUGCCCCCAACAGUUUGAAUCAGUUAUUUUGGUACCAUUCCCAACUUUUGACAGUGACAGUCGUAUCAAACUGAACUGAGCCAGUCCACUUGGAGGAAAUGCAGCUUAAGUAUUGAGUCGUUUAGUCUGUGUUUAGGCAGAGUUGUGUAACCUGUGAUGGUAUAAUUUCAGUGUGUAUCUGCAAUCAUUCAAUAUUACAAAUAAAAAUUAGGUUUGAGUGAGUCUUGUAUCAAUGCCAUUACGACAUUACAAAGAGUUCUAGUUGUUGUCAGUAGCCCAUGCUCCACCUCAUCGAUGGACUGGUGUGUUUCCUCUCAGUCAGUACUGCUCACUUUAUACUGAAACAUGUAAGGUGUUUAACAAAGUCACAUUUUUAAAACAUACGCAGACUUGUGAAAAGAUUAUUGUGAGAUUAAAUAAGAAAACCUUGUUGAAAAGGUUUUGUGAUUCACUUGUGACUGCUAAUAUUUAAACAGAUAAAAACUGAUAGUAUAGCACCGUUACACUCCAAACUGGUUAGAUUAACCAUUUCACUGUUUAAUCACUGCUCUGCUCCUGAUCAUGGAGCAAGUAAAUGUAUAGAAAUAUGCAAAAUAGUGUUUUGUUGUAUUGAUUGAACUGUAAAUCAUGUUGAUAGUGUAAUCACUGUUUUUUCUGAGGCUCUAACUUUUUCAUAAGGCAAAAUCAGUGGUUGAGUACUAUUUAUUUGGAGGAUGGGUUUCAUGUAACAAUGGACUGGACUGAUUGAGAAAAAACAACAAUAAAAUGAUUAAAACACUGGGCU